AUGUGGCAUGAGGCUCGUCGGCAAGAAAAAUUGAUACGAUCACAAAUGAUUGAUAGCGUCAAACGGAAUGAAAGGCGCAAGCAAUUCUAUGAGAAUGUUAGGAAAGAUCCUGAGCAAUUCAUGCAAGUCCAUGGCCGCAAAUGCCAAAUACACAUGGAUCCGGCAGUAGCACGUGCUGCCGAAGCAUCAAGCAUCCUGAGGCGAUGGCAAGGUGAUCCGAAUGUACUGAUUGAUCGGUUUGAUGUUCGGGCGCAUAUGGACCAUAUUCCUGAAACGAAGUCAGAUGAUAUUGAUAAACGAUCUGUGGUAGACGUUGAAGAAUUGCAAUGCGAAUAUGAGAGGUAUCGAAUCCUUGUACUCAAUGAAUUUGAUAGAGUGUCGGAGAAAACGUUUUUGAAAGAAAUAGCGGCGAAGGAAUUUUGGCCGGAUGAAUCAACUUCAACAUCACUUGCACGUGCUGAGCAAGAAAAGAAAAGAUUGCUGCGGGAUAGAAAGGCUGCUGUGGCGUUUACAUAUGGUGAUACGCAAACGGUGCAGGGUAAAAGCACGGAAACGGAUGAUUCUGAUGAAGAAGACGAAAUUGUUGAUUCUGAUGAGUUCGAUUUGAAAUUGGAUAUAGACACAUUAGACGCUGAGCAACGGCGAAAUUUAAACAAAUUGGGUAUUCGUUAUGGCAUAAGUUCCGGUGCAUUCUCGAGUUUGUUAAAAAUGGAUCGUCGUGAGCAGGAUGAAACGCAUCAGCUGAAAGAAAUUGAAAAAGCCAAACUGGCACUCGCUGGCCGACAAGCGAAAGCUGAAAGAGCUGUUUUGAAAAAAAAGCGUGCACUGAUUGUUGGUAAAGGUUGUUUAAAUGAGGAAGCCACGACCACAUUGCUGUCAUUUGUUACUAAAAGUCAGAAGGAACACAUGGAAACGUCAUCAUCUUCAUCGUCGGAGGAGGAUGAAGGAAAGACAGAAUUUAUAACAACCUUCGGUGGUGAUGGUACUGAAGAUAAGGAGGAGGAGCGUGAUGAUGAUGACGAUGGUGGGGCGAAAAUGCAUGGUCCAGCGUUACCAUCUGCAGAAUUCAGGCGUAUUUUUGAAUUGAAAACACGUCGUUCAUCAAGUCCGGAAGAUUUCGGGAAUGUUUCAAGAACUCGCGUGCGUAGUAGAUCUCCCGGUCGAAAGCGAUUUUUACGUUCCAGUCGUGAACGUACUUUAAGGUCAAGAAGUCGGGAGAGAUUACGUCGUUCUAGAAGUCGGGAACGGCACGAUCGAUCGAGGAGUUCAAGUAAUGGAAAAAGACGGAGAUGUAGCAAGAGCAGAGAUAGGCUACGAAGCCAUAGCCGUGAAGAUGAUCGGCCUUUCGAGUAUGUUCGUUCAAGAAGCAAAGAUAAGAAACGUGAAGAUGUCAAGAUAAAACAAAGUCGUAGGAAGAGCAGUGGUAGCAGUGAAAGUGGUUGUAGCCGUUCUCAUGGUCAUUAUAAUCGUAAAAGACGUGUUGGUGAAGGAAGUGACAGUUCUAAAAGAUUCAAUGAUAAGAAGCGUCAAAAGCGUCGAAGGAAAUAUUCGUCUUCAAGUGAUACUAGCCGUACACCACCACCAUCAUCACCACAAGAGAGAAAGGGCACUGGUUCAGUUCUUUCACCAAGUCGGAGUAAUGGCGACACUUCACCUCUAGAAAUUCGUUCAAGUAUGAGUGAAUCAGAGAAGGAACGUAUUGAAGUGGAAAAUCGGCGUCGACGAAUACGUCGAACGGCAAAAAUGCAUCGACAACAGUAUGGAAGUAAUCAUCAUGACCGAUCAUCGGAAGAUGAAGCUGAACAUAAAGCUGCCCUUGCUCAUAAACUUCGUACGCAAAUGCAGCGAGUCUUACGUAAAACGGCGGAACAACUAAAAGAAGAGGAAAGGCAAAAACAUGAGGAACAUGAAAAAGAAAGAAGAUUGCGUGAGGAAAGAUUAUUUGAAGAAUCAUUGGAAAUCAGGAGACGAGAACGUGAAAAACGUCGACGUGAACGUCGUGGUCGUAGUAGAAGUAGUUCAGCAUCGUCAAAUUAG